UCAAAGCCGCCGCGGGCGCGGGGACCCGGCACCGGCCGAGCAGCCUCCCGACCCGCGGACCGGCCGAGGCUUUCGCGUCGGGCGCCCGUCGAGCCGCCGCGUCCGUGUGCCCUGCGCCCCGCCGCUGCCGCCCCAAACUUUGGCCCGCGCCUCCCGGGCUCCGCGCCAGGGACGAGCCAGGAAUUUUCAAGAUGAAUUAUACUGAGUCCAGCCCAUUGGCAGAAUCAACUGCGAUAGGUUUUACACCUGAGUUGGAAACUAUCCUACCUGUGCCUUCCAAUGAGACCACUUGUGAAAACUGGAGAGAGAUACAUCAUCUAGUUUUUCAUGUAGCAAAUAUUUUUUUUGCAAUUGGGUUGGUUAUUCCAACUACUCUUCACCUUCAUAUGAUACUUCUUAGGGGGCUGUUAACUAUAGGAUGUACCUUUUACAUCGUCUGGGCCACUCUCUACCGAUGUGCCUUGGAUAUCAUGAUCUGGAACUCGGUGUUCCUGGGGAUCAACAUUUUGCAUCUUUCAUAUCUUUUGUACAAGAAAAGACCGGUAAAGAUCGAAAAGGAACUCAAAAACAUCUACCAGCGAUUGUUUGAACCACUCCGUGUGCCUCCAGAUUUGUUCAAAAGAUUAACUGGACAGUUUUGCAUGAUCCAGACGUUGAAAAAGGGCGAGACCUAUGCUGCAGAGGAUGUAACCUCAGUUGACGACCGCCUGAGCAUUCUCCUGAAGGGAAAAAUGAAGGUCUCCUAUCGAGGACAUUUUCUGCAUAAUAUUUACCCCUGUGCCUUUAUAGAUUCUCCUGAAUUUAGAUCAACCCAGAUGCACAAAGGUGAAAAGUUCCAGGUCACCAUUGUUGCGGAUGAUAACUGCAGAUUUUUAUGCUGGUCAAGGGAAAGAUUAACUUACUUUCUAGAAUCAGAGCCUUUCCUGUAUGAAAUAUUUAGGUAUCUUAUAGGAAAAGACAUUACAAAUAAGCUCUACUCAUUGAAUGAUCCCACCUUAAAUGAUAAAAUGGUCAAAAAGUUGGAUCACCAGCUCAGCCUUUGCACACAGCUGUCCAUGCUGGAAAUGAGGAACAGUAUAGUCAGCUCCAGUGAAGAUGAAGACGGCUUGCACCAGUUUCUUAGGGGUACCUCCAGCGUAUCCUCUCUUCAUGCAUCAUCCCCACACCAGCGAGCCUCUGCCAAGAUGAAACCGAUAGAGGAAGGGGUGGAAGACGACGACGAGGUCUUUGAACCUGUGUCUUCAAAUACAUUUAAAGUCCGUCAGUGGCCUUGAUCCCAAGAGAGGAUUCAAGUUACCAAGAGGGAAAUUGUCUUGAAGAGAUCUUGAAAAAUACCAGCACUUUUUCACAGCUUUUAGAUUUUUCUGCUUUAAUAUUGAUACACCCCCAGCCCUGCAGAGUCUGAGGGCAGGAAAGUGAGGAAGAUUCAUAAAAUGGGAAGGUUAUCUUCUCUUUUUACUGGUCAGCUUUCUGUUUCACGGAGCCUUCCGACUAAACUUAGUGCUAUUUUUGAGAGAGAUAUUUUCAUAAUAUUUUCUAGAUAUAUUUUCAUUUAACUUAAAAUCUUAGCACUUUGUCCUGGCAAAUGCCUUCACUUGUCUUUCUGAGUUGUUGUUCAUUUCCAUCAGAGACAGUUUUUUCUCUGCCAUGGCAACGAGGUUGUCCAUUUGAUAGUUUUAACAAAAAUGUAAGUUUGAAAUUGAGGCUGAGGCAACAUUAAAAAGCAGGGAAGCUCAGGCUUCGCCCAAUUGAUUUUUUAGCUGGAAAAUUUUAAAGUAAGAUGUGAUACAACUCACGUAUAUUUUUCUCUCAGGCCAGACACAUCAUUCUACUCGAUCACCUUACUUCUGGGGGCAUCACCUUACUUCUGUGGGUAGCUCAAUAACGAAUAAAGCUCGUCAGACUUUGCUCACAUUA